UCCCCAGAGCGCCCGCCCGAGGGCGCAGCCGGCCACGCCGCGGGACGGGCCGGGGGCGGAGCGGAGCCUCCCGCCGCCUCCUCACCGUCGCCUCCUCCUCCUCCUCCUCGUCGUCGUCGUCCUCCUCUCGCAGCCACCGCCUCCGCCGGGCUGAGGAGCGGGGAGUCCGCGGCGCCGGCUCGGGGCUGCGGGAUGGGGACCUAGCGCCACGGCGGCGGCAGUGGCCGCGGCGCGACCGGCCGCCGCCCCCGGGCCCGUCCCGCCUGGGGCGCCGGGCGCGGCCAGCCCGCCCCGGAGCCGGCGGCGGAGCGGGGCAGGUGCGGGCGGCUGGAAGAUGGCGCCCUCGGGCCCGGGCAGCGUGAGGCGGCGGUGCCGGCGGGCGCUGUACUGGAUCCCGGUGGUGUUCAUCAGCCUCCUGCUGGGCUGGUCCUACUACGCCUACGCCGUCCAGCUGUGCAUAGUGUCCAUGGAAAACAUUGGCGAACAAGUUGUGUGCCUGAUGGCCUAUCAUCUACUUUUCGCAAUGUUUGUCUGGUCCUACUGGAAAACUAUCUUUACAUUACCAAUGAAUCCUUCAAAAGAAUUCCAUCUCUCUUAUGCAGAGAAAGAGUUGUUGGAGAGAGAGCCAAGAGGAGAAGCCCAUCAGGAAGUUCUUAGGCGGGCAGCCAAAGACCUUCCCAUCUAUACCAGGACCAUGUCUGGAGCAAUCCGUUAUUGUGACAGAUGCCAACUUAUAAAACCAGAUCGCUGCCAUCACUGUUCCGUCUGUGAUAAAUGUAUUUUAAAGAUGGAUCAUCAUUGCCCAUGGGUGAACAAUUGUGUUGGAUUUUCAAAUUAUAAAUUCUUUCUCCUUUUCUUGGCUUACUCUCUGCUCUACUGCGUUUUUAUUGCGGCUACAGAUUUACAGUAUUUUGUCAAAUUUUGGACAAAUGGCCUACCUGAUACUCAAGCCAAGUUCCAUAUUAUGUUUUUAUUCUUUGCUGCAGCUAUGUUUUCUGUCAGCUUGUCUUCUCUGUUUGGCUAUCAUUGUUGGCUUGUCAGCAAAAAUAAAUCUACAUUAGAGGCAUUCAGAAGUCCAGUAUUUCGACAUGGAACAGAUAAGAAUGGAUUCAGCUUGGGUUUCAGUAAAAACAUGCGACAAGUGUUUGGUGAUGAGAAGAAGUACUGGUUGCUACCCAUUUUUUCAAGUCUAGGUGACGGCUGCUCCUUUCCAACUUGCCUUGUUAACCAGGAUCCUGAACAACCCUCUACUCCUGCGGGACUGAAUUCAACAGCUAAAAAUCCUGAAAACCAUCAAUUUCCUGCAAAGCCAUUGAGAGAGUCCCAGAGUCACCUUCUUACUGAUUCUCAGUCUUGGACAGAGAGCAGCACAAACCCAGGAAAAUGCAAAGCUGGUAUGAGCAAUCCUGCAUUAAGCAUGGAGAAUGAGACUUAGCUCUUCAAGCAAAACAAAUUCAUACUUUAUAAAAGUAUCAGUGCUGUAGAUGGAUGGAAGCGGCUUCCCAUAGGAAGGUGCCAUUGGUCAGUUGUCCUAUAUUCCUUUGGCUGGAUGUGCAGAAUAUGAAUCAAUUAGUAGUUGUCUCCAAGCUGUUGCUUAAAAUAUAACACAUUUUGGAUCCAAUAUACAGAUUGUUACAACUAACACAAAUCCCUAUUAAACAUUAAAAGUAGUUCUGGUUAAUUAAUCAAAAGGGAAAAUAUCAUCUAUCAAAAACUUAGAAUAAAUUCAGGGCCAGUUUUCACACAGAUAUUUGAGCAGCACAGUUUAUCACAUAAAAACCCUAUUACUCAUCUAAUUUUCUGAGUCAGCAAAUUGAGACUAUUAAGAUAUUGUUUAAGAUUUAAAAGAUUUCAAGCCACAUUGUAAUGAUAAGCUUUAUUCAUAAAACCUAUGUUACCUUUAGGAAAAUAGAGGUAACAAAUCAGACUUUUUUUCUUCCCCCUCUGAUGUGAAUCCAGCCUCAGACUGAGUGACCUGUAAUAAAUAUGAAUUCAUUACAGAGUCCAAGUGACCUACAGCUGAAGAUCACCGUUCAUUUUUGCCAGACUAAUCUAAUUCCAGCCUUUGUUGCCUGCUGGAAAAUAAAGGUGAACAUUGAAGCUUGAGCUCACUGAUAAAGCAAUUGGCUAAAAAACUUCUGUCAAAACUAAUACAUUUCUAUUACGUUGGAAACGUAUUUUCAUCUCUUCUAGUCUUAUUCAGGGGGAAUUUAUGAUAAUUAUGAAAAUUGUUUUAUGGCAUUCUUUGGUUUUUAAAAAAUCUCUUUUUAGGUUAUUUCUCCUCUUAAACAUAGUAAAAAUAUCGAAUUUCUGUUAAGAAUUCCUGAUAGGUCAACAGAUUAAUCCUCUAGUGAUAUCUGUAUUAUUUCUCUGUCCUCUCAUCAAAACUAUGACAGUUAAACUAUAUUUUUCUUCAAACACCUAUUAAGAUUAAAUUAUGCAAAUCAUUAAACAAAAAUCAUGUAAUUUUGGAAAUUUAGUUCAACAUGAACUAAAUGGCAUGCUGUUUGGAAAUUCAGUUUAACAUAAACUAAAGUGGUGUGUGUUGAUGCCAAAAUGUUCAGCUUCAGUAUAUAUAUUAAUACUAAGAAGCUCUCGUGCCUUGUAUGCACUAUUUAAAAAAAGAAAAAAGUUUUAUUUUUUUUUUAUUUGAAUGAAGUAUACAUUUUGUAAAAGUUAACAAUUAGAAUAAGCUGUAUACUUUUUUGGUACUGAUUUUGAGAAUUUAAAGCAGAUUACCUUUUAAAGCUUACACAGCGAAGUAACUGGUAUUUAAUCAAAGUGAAAAUGGUAAUAAAUUUUUCAAAAUCUUUGUUAGACAAAAAUUCAACACAACAUAAACUAGAAGAUCAGAAGAUAAUGGAGUAAAGAUCCUUGCAAUUACUCAUCCUUGCUAAAAAUAUAAAGUUUUAUAUUAAAUGUGCUUAUGGAUGAACCAAUGUCAGUCAAGUCCAUCUUAUAGUUCAUUUGAGUGCAGUUCUUUGAACAGUAGGAUGGCAGUCUUUUUCAGAUUUUCUUUUUUAAACUAAAGAGUUUGAUCUGACAAUCUGCUUCAAGAAAUCUCAGAAGAUACGAUACAUUUUUACUUUUAUCUUAAAGCACUUUUUGGUCAUUUUUUUAUUACCUGAAGUGCCAGACUGGAACGUACAGCUACUGCUAGAAGUCUUAAGGUAACAGCAGCACAUGAUGUAUUAAGAAUUAUAUGCAGCCAGACUUUUUUUUUCAAAGCACAUUACUAUAGCUGUUUUUCUGGACAGGAUUCUGUUAGGUAUUCCCUCCUGUCAAACUGAAAGCUAGAAAAGAAAGAUGGAAUUUUUUAUUAUCCUUUACUCUGCUACAGUACUGUUACUCUACCCCCUUCCCUUAGGUCUUUUAUGUAAUUAUUUAAAUACAUAAGUCAACAUAGAUUAGAAGCAGGUUUGAAAAAGUUUUUAAAAAAUUAAAAAUUUUCAUUGUUGUAAUGGUUCUCUUUCUGUUUUCAUACAGUGAAUAACCUUUAAAGGGUUUUUUGUUCAGUUUUAUCUUGUUUUUAAUUGUAAGAGGUUAAAAUUUUUAGAGAUGAUUUAUGCUCAUUUGAUAUGCAGUAUAAAUUUAUCUGAGUGAACAAAGUACCAAAUAAAUAGACCUACAUUUUGUACAUAUUUAUAAACUUUACCUUAAGAGGUAAAUUUAUAAAACUUACCUUUCAGCAUUUUACUUUAAAAAAUUUAAUAGCUUAACUCAAACUUGAAGAAACAUACUUCAAUUGUUCUGAUUGUCCAUUACUCUGAUAAUUUUGAUUUUUCUUGUUUUUAGAGAUUUUACCAUACAGGAAUCAAGAUUUAAGAAAUUUUUCAUUUAAAAAUAUUGUACAAAUGCUUCAUAUACUUUAGUCAACUAUUUGCUAUUGCAUAGUGGAAGAGGAUUGUUAUUUCAAAGGUAAAUUUAAAAACAUUUACAUCUGACUACAAUGACAAUGCAUUCAAGGAAGAGCAUAUCCAUGAAUUCAUUCCUCAUGUACCCAAAUAAAGUGGUUG